GCCCCGAAGCCCGUUUGUGCUCGUACUGUAUGCCCAAUUUUGGUGUGGUUGUCACCCGCGCGCCCAGCCCUAGUUAACGCGGUAUCCAGUAUCUCUUUUAGCAAAAUAACGUGUCAUAAUGUAAGAGUGUUCAAGCGCACUAGCUCCUAGCAGUGCUCAUGUCACUUUUCCCGGACAUGACCAAGUAAGGUUUCUUUCCAUUUACAAACUUAGAAAAUAAUGAAACAAAACAAAACAAAACAAAAAAUGAAGAGACCUAAAAUUACAAAAUUUCACAUUUAUUUCUAGAGCUCCACACAUCAAGCAAAAAUCAUCUCCAUUAAGGCAAUAGCUCAACAGAAUCUCUGAAAAUGGACCAUUGUAAUCCAUCUAUAGGUCCUUGGAAAAUGGCUCACAAGUCACAUCCCAUCAUCGACGAUCCUGUGGGAACAAGCAAGCAAUUUAAAAAAUUCAGAAAGAGAGAUAAAAUUCGAAAUUACAUGCAAUUAAACCUCAGUCCAGUUAGCAUAGUUAUCAAUAUCGGCAGCAUGCUAGCAUAGGCAAUUGUGAAAAAUGUGAAAGGCUACUUAGGAGGCUUAUACAGUGCAUCGACAGACCAGCAGAUAUUACAUAAGAGCUUCAUGUAGAAAUGUAAAACAACUUAUAUGCUGCACCCUAAGGCUAAUAAAAGUUAACCCGGGACUAUAACAUGAAACAGAGUUGCCUUAUUUGGAGCAUUCUAUUCAUUCAGUCAAUAUCUUAAAUUCCUGCAUUCAAUAUGUCCUUUACUUAUGAUAUGAGAUGAACUAAAACUAAACACCAACCUGCCUUAACCUUUAUUAUAACAAACUAACCCUCUGGCUCCAAGAUAAUCUGCAAACUAUUUGAUGUUUCAUGUCUUUGGGCUAAUGCAGUACUAGACCACCCCUCCCAUAUUAAACAACCAUCUGCUAUUUGCUGAAUACUGGAAAGGAAAGUGAAUACUGUGUUAAAACAGAAAAUUGAAUAGCAAUGAAAGACAUAGGCAUAG